AGACGACAAUGGUGAACAGGAAGAAGUACAGGUUGAAAAGCACACCUGUGGUGGGAGACGACUUUUCCGAGCUCAUUCCCACGGGCUCUGCGAGCGCCACCAGAAGACUUCGACACAAACACAACAACUUCUCUUCUCGAGGCUCUUAUGGUGUGAGUGAGCUGGAUAACAGCAGCCAGAUAGACACCAUUCACAUUGUCAGUGAUCUGAGUGAUAAGGAAGAUGGCGAAGACGACAAAGAUGACCAUUUACAAAUUACAAGGGAAAUCUCUCUGGAGGACAGCACAAUUCAAAGCGAUGCCGACGACAGUGGGAAUGAAAUUAUUCAGGUCAAUGAUGUUUCCAUACAAUCUGUGGAGAUGGAGAAUGGUGACAAACAAGACAGCGAUUACAGCAGUGGUGAUUCUGAUGCUUAUGGGGAUGAAGAGUCUUUGAAAUCUGAAGCUGAAUACUUGCCCCACAGAGACAAUAAUACUUCAAAAGCUCGAAGAUACUAUAAGCAAAAACAAAAAACACAGAAAAAUCCAUCCAGAACAAUUAAACUCAGAAACCAAAAAAAGAGUAAUUUGAACAGAAACGCACGACUGAAAAUGAGAAAAACAGUAAAGAAACCAAGAAUAAUGCCUGAUAGUGAAGAUGAAGAUGAAGAUGACUUUGAGAAUAGUAGUGAUAACGAUUCUCAAAUCGACUCAAAUCUUUCAAUUGAUGAAAAGGAAGAAGAAGAAGAAGACGAAAAAGUCAACAAAUUAAUAAGCAAAUCGCAUAAAGUCACUGUUGAACAGGAAAAAUUUAAUGAAUUAUCCAGUGCUCAAAAGCUAGAACGAGUUCAAAGAUUAAUUGCCUUGGCAAAAGAGUAUGUCGAAAAUAUUUCUUCAUCAUUGUUGGAGCAAGCUCAAAACAGUGCAAGUAAAAACGAUAUUCCAAUCGAUAAAGAAGAAGUGGUUCAAAGUGAAUCCGAUUCAGAUGUUGAAAUAAUCGAUGAAUUUAAUCAACCUAAAAAGAUUCAUAAUAAGAAACAAAAAAUUUUUUCAAGACGUAAACCAAGAAAAAGAAAUGCUAAAAAGGAUUUGUUAACUUUAAUGACUGAAUCCAAAAAUCGGAAAUCUAAUUCGUCCAAAAAUAAAACUAAUGGUAAAAAAACCAACAAAAAACAAAUUCAAGUCUCUGUCAGCAAAAUAACCGACCAACCAAAAAUCUUAACCGGUGCAGUUUUGAGAGAUUAUCAAAUCGAUGGUAUGGCUUGGUUAAUUGCCUUAUACCAACAGGGUUUAAAUGGUAUUUUAGCUGAUGAAAUGGGUUUAGGUAAAACAAUCCAAACUAUUUCCUUACUAGCCUAUCUUUACGGUGAGGGCAAUAAAGGCCCCUUUCUAAUUGCUUGUCCAUUAUCAACUUUAGGUAAUUGGUACAAUGAAUUUAAAAACUUUACUCCAACUUUACCUGUAUUAGCUUAUACCGGCGUAAAAGAUAUAAGAGAACAAUUGAGAAAAAAACAUUUUAAAGCCUUAAAAUCUGGAAAAAUUUCGGUUUUAAUAACAAGUUAUGAAGUUAUUCUUAACGAUAGGAGAUAUCUUAAUAAAUUUGAUUGGAAAUAUUUAGUUGUUGAUGAAGGUCACCGAUUAAAGAAUACAAAUUGUAGAUUAAUCAAUGAAUUGAAAAAACUAAAAACUGAAAAUAGAUUAUUACUAACUGGUACUCCCUUACAAAAUAACUUAAAUGAAUUAUGGUCUUUACUUAAUUUCAUUUUACCUAACAUUUUUCAUGAUCUAGAAUUAUUUCAACAAUGGUUUGACUUUUCUAGCUUUAACAGUGAUAAUAAUGAAAAUCAUACUUCUCAAUUAAUAGAUUCUGAAAUUCAAAAGGGAUUGGUUUCAAAUUUGCACUCGAUUUUAAAACCAUUUUUAUUAAGAAGAUUAAAAAAAUUAGUUACAAAAUCUUUACCGCCAAAAAGAGAAUAUCUUAUUUAUUCAUCCCUAACUCCUUCACAAUGGGAUAUGUACCAUGCGACAUUGAAUAAAGAGCUUAAAACGUACUUGUUGAAAUUAGCAUUUACUGAACAUAUUGAAUGUAAUAAUUAUUUCGGUAAUAGAGAAGUUUACAGUAUGGAUAAAAUUGAUUCAUUCUUUAAGAAGAAAUUUUCAUUAAAACCUAUUGAUUUAAGUGAGGAUGAAAAAGAAGAAGAAGAAGGAACUGGCGUUCCAAAAUUUGGUCAGAGACUUCAAGUCGAUGAAAUCGCUACAAAUGAGAAACGUAAAUUAAGGAGUCGAUUAAGAAAUCCUAAAAAAAGAAGAAUUAAUUAUAAAGAAUCUGAUUUCAGAUAUGGAGAUUUGUCAUCUGAUUCUGAGUAUAUUGGAGAUGAAAAUCAAGAUUCAGAUGAAGAUUUGGAAGAUGACAUAAUGAUAAAUGAUUCUUCUAAAUUAAUUAAUUCCAAUGGGUAUUUUGAAGGGUUUAAUUCAAAGGAUAACCAAUUUAAGAAAUUUUCAUUAAAUUCAAUAGAAAACAAAAAUAGGGCGCAAAAGGAAUAUUUAAAAAUUAUUGAAAAUGAGAAAACCCAAAUUGGAAAUGAGGUAAUUAGUCAAAUUAAUGAUAUAAAUCAGAAUGGUCCAUUUGAUGAAUUAUGUAAUGAUUUAUCGAUAGAUGAUUCUAUUAUUAAUCCUGAACAGGAGAGAGAGCUACGAUAUGAAGACUAUAGCGAUGUAAAUUACGAUAGUAAUGAUUUUAACGAUACGAUUUUUAAUAAAGAAAAUUUGCAGCAAAAUCAAAAAGAAAAAAUGUAUACAAUUGAUUCUAUGGAUACAUAUUUAAAGCCAUUUUCACCAUUACCAGACUAUAAUUUGUUCCGAAGAGAUAGGCCUCAAAAACCAAUUUUAUAUACGCCGACUAAUGAUUUACCGUAUAAUUCAUAUCAAAAUUUAUUAGAAAAUUUGAAAUUAUUGUUGGUUACAUUGAAAAGAGCUAGAGAAAAUGGGCUUAGUGGAAAUAAUUUAAAUGAAUGGGCUAAUGUUCGUAAUAUUGAUAUAAUUUAUCAAAAUUUGAAGUAUAGUUCAAUUUAUUCAUAUUAUUUGACGGCAAAAUAUAAUGCUGAGAAGAAGCAAUAUUGUAAUUAUUUGAAAUAUUUAAAAUUUGUUGAAGAUCAAAAAAUUUUAAAACUCAAAAGAGAAAGAGAAAGACAGAGAGAAAGAGAAAUGGAGAAGAAAGGAGCACUUGAGAGAAAAGAGAGGAGAAAUUUUGCUUCAAUAAAAAAGGUUCAUGAAACAAUCAAAAUACCAGAUGAAAAGAAUGAGCAAAAUGAAAAAAUAGAGAAGGUUCCUGAGACAAUUGAAAUAUUAGAUGAGAAAGAUGGGAAAGAUGGGAAAGAUGAAAAAAAUAGGAUUACAAAUGGUAUUAAAAAAAAUAAUGAAGAUGAGCUAAAGAAAAAACCCACUAAUUUUCUUGAAUAUUUUGAAAAUAAGGAAAAUAAAUAUAAUGAUGAGGAUAGGGGUAUGUUUGAUAAAUUUGAAAUGGAUAAAGAUACUGAAGAUAGAUUCAAAAAAUAUUACUUGAAAGAAAAAGGAAAAUAUAACGAAUGUAUGAAAAUGAGUGAUUUGGGAGGUGAAUCUAUCGAAAAGGAAGAGGAAUAUAAGAAAUUUAAGCUUUUGUAUUUCGAUAAAGUGGUAGAUGAGGAGAAAGAUGUGGAUAUUGAGAUUGAGGAAAUAUCUAUAAACGAGCAAAACGAAAACGAAAACGAAAUAGAAGAAGAAUUGAAAGGCAAUAAAACGGAAAUAGAAGAGGAAUUACCUAAGUUUGAAGAUAUUUGGCAGCAAAUUAAUAAUGAUAUUGAUAAUAAGAAAUUGAACAAUGUUGUUAUGCAAUUAAGAUUGAUAUGUGAUUCGCCAUAUUUAUUUUAUUUUCCGUGGGAUAAUGAUGAAAGCAUUGAUGUGAAUAGAUUGAUUGAUCGAUCUAGUAAGAUGCAAAUUUUGAAUCAAUUGGUGUCUAAAUUGAUUGAAAGAAAGCAUCGGGUGUUGAUUUUUUCGCAAUUUGUUAAAAUGCUAGAUUUGAUUGAAGAUUGGUGUGAUAUUAAGAAAUACCGUUGUUGUAGAAUAGAUGGGCAGAUGACUCAAACUGAUAGACAAGAAGAGAUUGACAAAUUUGGAGAUAUAGAGCAGGAUUACAGUAUUUUUUUGUUGAGUACAAGAGCUGGAGGACUAGGGAUCAAUUUAACGGCAGCAGACAGUGUUAUAUUAUUUGACAGUGAUUGGAAUCCGCAAGUUGAUUUACAGGCGAUGGACAGAGUGCAUAGAAUUGGACAGACCAAACCUGUUAUUAUUUAUAGGUUUGCUACAAUCCAGACUAUUGAACAAGUUUUGUUGAUGAAAGCCGAUUCCAAGAGACAGUUGGAGAGAUUGGUUAUUCAGAUGGGGAAAUUUGAAAGUUUGAGGCAAUUGGCAGAUGAGAGAAACAAAGCAGGGCCCAAGAACAAAAGCAAGACUAAUGUUUUAAUCAACGACUUGAAGGCGUUUGUGACGGCGAAUGAGUUCAAGGGGUAUGGCGACUUCAACGACAAUAUCUUGGAGGAAGAAGAGAUGGCAGUGUUGUUGGACCGAAGACCAGAAGCAUAUAUAAAGGACGAGACCAGGAGGUUCAAACACGUUGAGUUGUUUGAAACAUCAGCACAGUCGGUUUUGGAAACAGAGCCAGUGGACAUCGAGGCCCAGAUAGAGACAGUGGAAGAAGUAGUGGAAGAAGCAGCAGAACCAUCAAAGGAAUCUGUGGCAGUAGCAGCUCCAGUGUAAAUAGCACAAUCGACGUUCAGUUUGCACAGUAGCUUGCUCUCGCCCUCCACAAGAAGCACAGGCGGCACAAAC